AUGUUUUUGUUGGAGACGAUACACGACCGGCCGGACGAGAUCCCUGUCGAUCGUGAAAUGGUUUUGCAACGUUGGAUAUUCUACAGCGAAGCCUACUACAACAGUGAUAACUUUGGAGGAGUGGAAUGGAUCCACGGGGACGACUUCUGCUACAACCUUGGGACGACAAACAACCAAGUCUCCUCUCUCAGGUAUGCAGGCGAUACGAACGAUUGGAAGUUCGAUUCCAUCACGCUCUUCCAGUUUGAUCUGUUCUUCGGGUUGGAAUACUUCGAGUGGGCGGACACGACCGAUGUGCAAGGGAUGCCCGCUGUGGGGUCCCUCAUCAUCACGGGUCAGAAUUAUUGGACCGUAUACUCGUCGACAAACUUCAGCGGGAACCGAGUCUGCCUCGGGGUCCAGUCGGGACAAUACGUGGGAUUCGCUGCGGAUCUGAACGAGUACGGUAUCACCACGGUCAGGUCGUUCCGACGAGGGUGCUUCAGCGACGAAAAGAUCCAUCUCAAUUCGGAUCAGCACGGCGUCGUCUCCAAGAUCAAGGAAUGA